GAGAUCAGGAUAUCUAUGCCAAUGCUGCUGAACAGGAGUCAGGAGAGAAACAGAACUUCCCUGUCGAACACACAGGCUCCUCUCCUCUUUCAGCUGCAGAGAACAGUGGCGCCCCCUGCAGGUGCAGCCUGGCCCUGCUAGCUGUACUCUGCCUCGCUCUGCUGGGUGGUCUCACUGCCCUGGGGAUCCUGUACGUUCAGAAAAGCAACCGAUCGGACGCCCUGGAGGAGGAGAACAGGGAACUCUCCAUCUCUCUGUCUUCUGUGGAGCAGAGGCUAGCAGGAACCGAAAGAAAGUUGGAGGAACUGCAAGUGAGACACAGAAAUGCGUCAGAAACACUCUCUGCUUAUCGAGACAUAAAGAAAAAUCUGGAGGAACUGCAAGUCAAGCAUACAGAUCUGUUGAAAACUAUUUCCCAUUACAAUGCUAUGGACGGAUGUGCAUGCCUCACUGGAUGGAGAAUACACCAGGGAAAGUGUUACUACUUCUCCACUGAGAAGAUGCACUGGUCUCAAAGUCAGGAGUACUGCGCCUCGUGGGGGGCACAUCUGGUCGUCAUAAACAACCAACAGGAACAGAAUUUUGUGUCGUCCAGGGUUAGUGAGACGCACUGGAUUGGGCUGAGCGACCAGGACACAGAGGGGCAGUGGGUUUGGGUGGACGGUACGCCUCUUGACAGAAGCGGAACCCAGUACUGGUGGGAAACAGAGCCGGACAACUGGAUGGACUCAGGGGACCCGUCCGGAGAAGACUGCGCCAGUCUGGGGGACGACAACCCUGCUUACUGGUUUGAUGCUUCUUGUGGAAAAAUAAAAAAGUUUGUCUGUGAAACACUUCCUCGAAUUUGAACGAAUCAGGCCCAGAAUAUCUUGUUUCGCCCUGAGGUGGCUAAUCAGCAGCCACAUCCUCUGAAGCACGGGCUCUGACUCAUAAAAAGACUAAUAUGCUGUCAGUAUUUUAAAGUUCAUAUUUAUAUAUGUCCAUGAAUACAUCAGCAGGCCAAGCAUUUUUUGUCAGUGCAGUGGUCAUCUUUCUAAAUCUGUGCUUUCCUAUUAAAACUAUGUGAGCUAUUUUACCAGUGUGCCAUUUGCAUUGGGUGCCUGUGGGUCACUCUGGAUGAGAAAGUCUGUUAAACUCAUGUUAUGUAAUUCUGGAUGUUUCCAUAAGUGCCUCUCUUGUAUCAUUUGUAUUUCUAGCAUUUGUUGUGUCUGCAGAUUUUGUGCUGUGGGUACUGUUUGUAAUAUCCAUAGUAAUUAAGUGCUGUAAAUGUACCUGUGGACUCCCUGAUGUGUCCUGUGGUAUAGUGUUACGUGCCAUGUGUUUCUUUUGUGUGGACUUCCCUGCCUUCACCUGUCAAUCACCAUCCACCAAGUCCCACCUUCACCAAUCCCCACCCUCCGUGUCAAUUCUGGACAACCAAUCAGAACUCGCCACCUCUGCUAUAUAAACCGUGACUGUUUGUAAUAAUGGAUGUCUGACUUGUUGCUCUGUGUUGUGUAGUAUUUGACUCUAUGUUAAUCACUCAUUUGAACUUGUCUUGUUUUGUGUACACUUCCAAGGCUUGGGACAGGUAAGACUGGGGGCUCCUGUACAUAUGCCCGUAGGCUAUGUUGUGUAUAGAUCCACUAGUCCUUAGGGAUGAUUACCAACCAAUUGUGUUUUCAGUCUGCUAGUUAGAGUAGAUAGGCCUUUUGUUUGUGUACUUGAUACACUAGAUUAAAUUACUCUCUGGUUUAGCUAGCUUGUUUUUCUGUUCUUUUGGCAACAUCCAGCGUCCGUUGACCCUGGUAGUGUGUGUCUGGGAUGUUGUAUGUCCGGUAGUAGCUUGUUGCACCUUUUUGUUUUGUUAUCACAGUAAAACACCCAUGCACCGAGUUGCUGCUUUUGUCUGUGUUUGAUUUAUUGUUGUUACCAUCUAUACAGCCUUAACAUCGCCCGGCUAUUUUAACAUCCAGUUACAUACCCCAUGCACCCCUAGACCCAUGGGGUCGUAACAUAUAGUCUUAUGUUGGCAGUUACGUACAAAUCAUUUUGCUUCUUUAUGAAAGUUACUGUAUGUUUUUUAAAUUGUCAAAUAUGUCCCAAACUGGAGUAUGUCCAGGCUUCUUGGGUCAUGUACAACUUAAG